GCCAGCACUUGGACUCAAGGCCAGGGCCAGCCCGGAAGGCUCCUGGGUGUUCCAGAGCUGGGGGAACGGAGGCAGAGGUGCCAGCUCCUGCAGCAAUGUCCUGGCGGCCUGGGAGUUGGGCUCUGCCCUGGGCCCUGCUGCCCCUUCUCUUCGGCUUCUGUCUGCUGGAGACCUACUCUGUGAUUACUGAAGAGCAAAACGACCUAGCCGACCGAAAAGUGAUGAACAGUUACCUGCCUGCCACGGUGGAGUUCGCCUUGUACACUUUCAACCAGCAGAGCAAGGACGAGCAGGCCUACAGGCUGGAGCGCAUCCUGGCAUCCUGGAGGGACAAGAAACAGUAUAAUGACAUCGUGUUCUCCAUGGAACUGUUGCUGCGCCAAACCAUGUGUGGAAAACUGGAGGAAGACACGGAGAACCGCCCCAAGCGGAGCCAUAGCUUCACCUGCUUCUUCACUGUCCGCACUCUGCCCUGGAAGACCAAGUUUGACCUCUUCAACAAGACCUGCUUGGAGGCCUCCCUGGACACAGACUGAGCUGCACGCCUGGCCAGGCCUGACCUCUCCUCUGGGAUAACAGCUCCCACCUCGAGCCUGAGGCUGCUCUUCUGGGCUCAGCAGCUCCGAGCUUCUUUGCUCUCUCUCUCACUGCUGUUCCGGGAUUCCUGAGUGGCACCUGGCCCCUGUCCCUGGACUGUCCACUGCUGCCCAGCUUCAUGGUGUAGAAUCAGUCAUUAAACUCGGCGUUUCCC